GGCGUCAUCUACCUGUCCGUGCUCAUGGGCUUCCUCGUCGAGGCCAUCAGCGCCAUGAUGAACCGGGCGACGCGGGGCCUGAGCCCGCUCGUCGAGGACGACCACCUCAUCGUCAUCGGCUUCACGCACAAAUGCCUGGAGGUGCUCGAGCAGCUCGCGCUCGCGCUCGAGAGCGACGGCGGCGGGCUCAUCGUGGUCCUGGCGGGCGAGGACGACGAUUCCGACGACGUGCACCGCGUCAUCCGCGACACGAUCCCGGAGAAGGCGUUGAGGGGGUCGAAGAUCGCCGUAAGGCGGGGCAACCCGCAGAGCCUCGCGGACCUCCAGCGCGUGUCGGUGCAGGACGCCAAGGCCGUCAUCAUCCUCUCGCCCACGGGCACGUCCGCGGACCGCGCGGACUGCUCCGUGCUGCGGACGGUGCUCGCGCUGACCGCUCUACGGGGCGACGCGGACCACACGACGCACAUCAUCGCGGAGCUCCAGGACAUCGACAACCGCCACAUCGUCCAGGUCACGGGCGGGCCCGCCGUCGAGUGCGUCGUCAGCCACGACAUCUGCUCGCGGCUCCUGCUGACGACGUCGCGGCACCCGGGGCUCGGGUUGGUCUACGAUCACAUCUUCGGCUUCGAGGGCUCCGAGUUCUACCUCAAGGAGUGGCCCCAGCUCGUGGGCCGGACCUUUGGGGAGAUCUACGCGUCGUUCCCGACGGCCGUGCCCAUCGGCCUCAAGGUCGCGGACCGGCGCCCCCACGGCAUCAUGCUGAACCCGCCGCGGGACUUCCGCGUCUCCGAGGGCGACGAGGUCAUCGUCCUCGCCGCCGACGACGACACGUACGCGCCCGCCCUUGGUAGCGCGGAGCCCGCGGAGCCCCAGGGGUUCCAGUUCGCGGGCGAGGAGUCGAAGAAGUCCAUGCGCGAGCGCGUGCUCUUGUGCAACUGGCGCCGCGACGUCGACGACAUGUUGUUGAUGCUGGACGAGGCCGUCAAGGACGGCUCCGAGGUCCACAUCAUGUCCGACAUCAGUUUGGAGGAGCGCCGCGACGUCUUCCACGUCGAGGGCUUCGACGAGGACAAGCUGCGGUCCAUCACGCUCCACCACCACGUGGGCCGCACGACCGUGAAGCGGGAUCUGGAGGUCGUGCCCCUCCGGGAGAUGGACAGCGUGCUGAUUUUAGCGGACGAGCGCCACGAGGCGUCGCCGCUCGAGAGCGACGCGCAGAAUUUGGCGACGCUGCUGCUCAUCCGCGACAUCCGCCAGAGCUGCAAGGAGCGGGACGACGCCGCGUCGCUGAGCGAGCGGAAGCUGCUGUCCAUCGAGGACGACGGCAGCCGCAGGAGCCUCGACGACGUCGACGACUGCUCCAUCAUCUGCGAGAUUUUGGACUCGCGGACGUCGGCCGUCGCGCGCGUCAACAGCUCCAUCGCCGCGCAGGCCGAGUACGUGCUGUCGCACGGCAUCUGCGCGAAGAUUUUAGCCAUGGUCGCCAUGCGCCGCGAGGUCAAGGCGAUCUUGGACGAGCUGCUCACCGACGACGGCCACAGCCCCAUGGUCUUCCCCGCGUCGAAGCUCGACGGCGUGACCGGCGACCCGGGCCGGACGUCCUUCGCGGCGCUGGCCCGCGUCGCCAUGGACAAGCACGUGUUGUUGCUGGGCUACCAGAAGAUCGUCGAGGGCCAGCUCAUCCUCAACCCGCAGAAGAAGGACGUCGAGUCGCUCUGGUCGAAGCACGACCUGUUGGUCGGCCUC